UGUUCUGCUUUCAAGGUCACUGCAGCAGAGAGCCCUGAACUUUCAACUACAGCUGAGGGUGAGAUAAACAACAGGACUAUAAAUACCAGAGUUUCCCAGUGGCUUUGUGCAGCUGCGGAGCGGAAGAGAAAGGAAGCAGAGACUUUGGAAGGGGUUGUGACAACCCCAGCAAUGUGGAAAAGCCUAGGGCUUGCCCUGGCUCUCUGUCUCCUCCCCUGGGGAGGAACAGAGAGCCAGGAGCAAAGUCCCUUUUGUAAGCGUCCCCCAGCCUGGACCAUAAGGGGCCAAGAUCCAAUGCUGAACUCCAAUGGUUCAGUGACUGUGGUUGCUCUUCUUCAAGCCAGCUGAUACCUUUGCAUUCUGCAGGCUUCUAGAUUGGAAGACCUGAGAGUAAAACUGGAGAAAGAAGGAUAUUCUAAUAUUUCCUAUAUUAUUGUUAAUCAUCAUGAAAUCACUUCUCAAUUAAAAUACAUACAUCUUAAAAACAAGGUUUCAGAGCAUAUUUCAGUUUAUCAGCAAAAAGAAAACGAAAGAGAUGUCUGGGCUCUUUUAAACGGAAAGAAAGAUGACUUCUUCAUAUAUGAUAGAUGUGGCCAUCUUGUCUAUCAUUUUCGUUUGCCUUACUCCUUCCUAACUUUCCCAUAUGUAGAAGAAGGCAUUAAGAUCGCUUACUGUGAAAAUAAAUGUGGAAACUGCCCUCCUACGGCUCUUAAAGAUGAAGACGUCUGUGAAAAUGUAUCAUUGGCCAUUACGGAAAAAACAACCGAGGUUUCUCAGCCACAUCCCCAUCACAAUCAUCAUCACAAGCAUCCUGGGAACAGUCAGCUUCCAGAGAAUCAGCAAACAGGAGCACCAGAUGCUCCUCAGCAACCCCCUCCUCCAGGCCUUCAUCACCAUCAUAAGCACCAGGGCCAGCAAAGAGAGGGUCACCCAGAUAACUGCGAUAUGCCAGAGAGUGAGGGUUUACAACUUUCCCCUCAUCAGAAAAAACUCUGACGAAAGAGAUGUAUAAAUCAAUUAUUCUGCAAGGUGUCCAAAGAUUCAGAGUUGGCUCCUAGGAGCUGUUGCUGACAUUGUCGACAUCUGGUAUUUGAAAAAACAGGGUCUGCAAUCACCUGCCAGUGUAAAGAAAACCUCCCAUCUUUAUGUAGCUGACAGGGGCUUUGGGCAGAGGAGAAUGUCAUUGAAUCUUGACAGUGACGUUUGCCUCCAGCUGCCUGACAGAUAAGUCAGCAGCUGCUCAAGCCCACAGAAGUCAGCACCAAUUGAGAAUGAAAUAAUAAGGCAGAUAUGUGAAAAUGACCUGCAAACUAAAUAUUUAAAAUAGGAUAUCUCCCCCUAAGCCAGUCUGGACACAAAUUGUUUCCCUUGAUUGUAUAAGCUACCUAAUUAAUUGUGACCAAAAAGUAGAAAUUGGAUGUGUACAAACCUGGAGAAAUCUACUAUAUUGGCUUCCAGAUUUUAAAAUUUAUGUCAUAGGAAUUUUGACCCAAAUUUUGACCCCCAAAUUUAGUUGUUAUGGGGCAAGUGAAAGGUGAUUGCAGCAUUUGGUUAAUAUGUCUUUCUUUUUCUUUUUCCAGCAUUCUAUUUGUAUUAAUGAGAACAGAAACAUAAACUAUGACCUAGGGGUUUCUGUUAGAUAGUUAGCAAUUUAGAAUGGAGGAAGAACAACAAAGACGUAUUUUCCAUUUUUUUUCUUAUCUCUCAAAACAAUAUUAUCUCUAUCUUUUUAAUCCUGCCUUUUAAACUGAUUAAAUCUUUAAAGAAAGAAGUAGAUUCAGAAUUUUAAGAUCCAGAAACACUUUACACAUGAAUAUUUUGCUAAAAAAGCAUAUAUGACUACAUUUAAAAUAAUCAUCUAUCCUUUUUUCAUAUCUAAGACACAUCUUGAUUUUUAAUAUCACAUAUGAAUAGAACCUUUGUAUCUUGUUUACUUUAUCUAGCAUUGUAUCAUACUCUUCUAAAGUUUGAGAAUGCUUGUUGUGAAAGAUGUAAGGAAAAGAAAAAAGAUUGUUGCCUAGCUUUAGGCUGCUUAGAAAGUAUUUCCAUAAUAAUGAUGGUUCAAUAGGUAAACCAAGCCCUAUAAACCUGAACUCCUUUAUGGUUAAUACUAUUAAGCAAGAAUACAGUGCACAAUUGGCUAAGAUGUGGAUUUCUUUAUAUAAACUCAAUUAAAAAAGUUUAAAGCUGUA